UAACCCCGGUGUAAUGAGAAGAAAUUCAAAAAACGUUAACCGCGGUUAAAUUAUUUUAAAAUGAAAAUAUGCCUCACAGUCACAGGGACGGCACUCUUCCCCAACCGCUAUAUAAAAAGAGAGAACCCCAAGAGCCUCAAGCACACUUUCAGCAACAGAGAGGCGUCUUAAUACACGCCGCUCUUCUUCUUCUCCCUUCGACUUAGAUUUAGAUUUAGAUCUCCUUAUUCGUUGUGUGAUUCAACUGCGAAAAUGAGAGAGUGCAUUUCGAUCCACAUUGGUCAGGCCGGUAUCCAGGUCGGAAAUGCUUGCUGGGAGCUCUACUGCCUCGAACACGGCAUUCAGCCUGAUGGCCAGAUGCCGAGUGACAAGACCGUUGGGGGAGGUGAUGAUGCUUUCAACACCUUCUUCAGCGAAACUGGAGCUGGAAAGCAUGUACCUCGUGCAGUUUUUGUAGAUCUUGAGCCCACUGUCAUUGAUGAAGUGAGGACUGGCACAUACCGCCAACUGUUCCAUCCUGAGCAGCUCAUUAGCGGAAAGGAGGAUGCAGCAAACAACUUUGCUCGUGGCCACUAUACCAUUGGGAAAGAGAUUGUUGAUCUGUGCUUGGACCGUAUCAGAAAGCUUGCAGACAACUGCACUGGUCUCCAAGGUUUCCUUGUGAUGAAUGCUGUGGGUGGGGGUACAGGUUCAGGUCUUGGAUCCCUUCUUCUAGAGAGGCUUUCAGUGGACUAUGGCAAGAAGUCCAAGCUUGGUUUCACUGUGUAUCCCUCCCCACAGGUUUCGACAUCUGUUGUUGAGCCCUACAACAGUGUCCUUUCAACCCAUUCCCUUUUGGAGCAUACUGAUGUUGCUGUGCUGCUUGACAACGAAGCAAUCUAUGAUAUUUGCAGGCGUUCUCUUGACAUUGAACGACCAACCUACACAAACCUUAAUCGCCUAGUUUCUCAAGUGAUAUCAUCACUGACUGCUUCUUUGAGGUUUGAUGGUGCCUUGAAUGUUGAUGUUACUGAAUUCCAGACUAAUUUGGUUCCAUACCCCAGGAUCCAUUUUAUGCUUUCAUCAUAUGCACCUGUGAUUUCAGCCGAGAAGGCAUACCAUGAGCAGCUAUCAGUUGCAGAAAUCACCAAUAGUGCAUUCGAGCCAUCUUCUAUGAUGGCAAAGUGUGAUCCACGCCAUGGAAAAUAUAUGGCUUGCUGUCUCAUGUACAGAGGUGAUGUGGUGCCUAAAGAUGUCAAUGCAGCUGUGGCAACUAUUAAGACCAAGCGCACUAUUCAAUUUGUUGACUGGUGUCCCACUGGAUUCAAGUGCGGAAUCAACUAUCAACCUCCAACUGUUGUUCCAGGAGGUGAUCUUGCCAAGGUGCAGAGGGCUGUUUGCAUGAUCUCAAACUCCACCAGUGUUGCUGAGGUUUUCUCCCGCAUUGACCACAAAUUUGAUCUUAUGUAUGCGAAGAGGGCCUUUGUUCACUGGUACGUUGGUGAGGGGAUGGAGGAGGGUGAGUUCUCUGAGGCUCGUGAAGAUCUUGCUGCUCUUGAGAAGGACUAUGAGGAGGUUGGUGCAGAGGCUGCAGAAGACGAUGAAGGAGAAGAUGGAGAGGACUAUUGAUUUGGAAUUUGAAGUUCAAUGUAUUUCUUUUCUCAAUAGAGUCUUGUUUUGUUACCUUGUCUUUUAAUUUUUGUAUGCUCUUGUUUACUUAGUUGUCCAAUCUAUUGGGCUUGGUCUGUUCCAGUACUAAACUUCAAUGAUUUGAAUGUGGCUCUUAGCUAAAAUUGUUGUCUAUUUUGUGAUUGCUAAAUCAUGCGUUGCACAGUGUGUUGCUCCUGCGAUGAAGCAGCUUCGAUUAUGUGUUAGAAGUUUAAGUGUUUCACCUAC